GCUAACUUCAUAUUUUUUGUUUGUUUUUUUUUUUUUUUUAAUAUAUUUUGUUUUGAUGUUAGCAUAGAUGGAACAGCAACAACGUGUGCAGUUGCCCUUGAAAUCGUCAUAGCAACGGACGCACAACAAAUGAAUUGUUAGCUUUUGGCUAUUUUGCUUUUGGCUUGCGUUUCUCGCGCAACAGCAGACGGCACGCUAGCCGAACGCUUGGCAUUCUUUAACAGAACAUUCCAAAUUCAAAGUGCACACAGACAUAACAAUACACCAACUAUGGCUAUGGAUAAUGCAAGCUUGGCAAUGGAAUUGCUGCGAGCCGCCACAGAACAAAAUGAGGCCACCACACCCAGUGCCGAACCCAUUUCCAACAGCAAUUCGAAUACCCAUUCGGAUGCCAACAUCUCCAACAAAUUGCCAGAAUACGUGUCCAGGUUCCGCAUCGAUGGGCAGCCCAUCUUGCCGCCAUUGAUGACAGCAGAAAAGCGACAACUGAUGCGAGAGCUGCGCGAACGCGCUAUGCAGCUGGAGGCCAAGUACAAGCAGGCGCAGGCCGUCAGAUUGGCUCCAGACGUUGCUAACAACACCAAAGGCGCCAGCAACUUGAAGAGCAAAAGUUACGACAAAAGCAGCAGUAGCAGUAGCAGUAGCAGCAGCAACAGCAGCAGCAACUUGAGCAACAGCACCAUGGAGAACCCACAUAGAAUGCCGCAGCUGCAACAAACGGAAACUUUUAUCUAUGACAGCACACGACGUUUUCAACCGCAAUCGCAGCCCGUAAUGGAUCGUCCCCAGACGCUGGACAUUGAGCCAAAGAGAGCAUCGGCAGUGAAUGUAAUUCCAACCAUUUGCGUGAAUCCACCGACACCGCUCUGCGAACAGCCCCAACCGCAGCCACAGUCACAGCCACAGCCAAAGCCAAAGCCUCAACCACAGCCGAAGCCCACAGCUGCGGCAUCUCCCGAGUCCAAGGGCAGCCUAUGCUCGCUCAGCACCCAUCAUCGCAAGCUGAACAACAUAACCACGCGCAUAUUGCAGUUUGAGCGCACGGGAUUGGGCAAGAUGACGCCGCUGAAGCCGCAGCCAGCCCAACUGCUCUGGCAGAAUGAGACGAUCCUGAUAUCGGACAAGCGUAUGCUGCGCUCCAGCACCAGUCCCUCACUAAGCGCUGCCCAAGGGAACGAUGGGCAGUUGCAUCGCUCUCGCUCCUUUACGCUCGAGGAGCCGUCGCAGGCGCUCGUGGAGCACAUGAAACGCGAGGGCAAGGGGCCGCUGAUACCGCCACCACCACCGCUGCAGAGGACAUCCGCGUCACCAGCCACGACUGCCAGUGCUCCCACAGUCGCCCCGCUCACGCCUCCGCGCUGCCGCUUAGCGGGUAACGUCUCGUGCUGCUCGUCGGCGCACAGCUUGGCGCACCUGCGACGCGACACCAUCGAGUCGAAGGCCAAGCAGGUGCAGCGCAGCGUGAGCAGCAGCCUCGUCGAUACGCUGAAGUCCCAAUCGGCUCCAGCUGCUGCAGGCAGGCGCCGUGGCGGGGUCUCCGCGCGCCAGCAGCAGCAGCAGGCGCAGCUAGAGGAGCUGUUGCAGCGGGCACUGCACGAGACCCACGCCGCUGCAGCGGAGAAGCAGCACCUGGCGCUGGCCAAGAAGCAAAUGUUCAAGGACAUCAAGAGCGCGCAUCGCGAUCGCUUCCAGCAGUUGGUGCAGUACCAGCACGAGGAGCAGCGCCGCAUGCAGGAGGAGUUCGAUCGCCAGCAAAAGUUCCUCAUCGAGCAGAUCUGCACGGAGAUCAACGUCUCCGCCUACGCCCACGAGUCGCUGUCGGGCGGGCGCAGUCCGAGCGGCGUCUCCGAGUACACUAGCACCGAUGACCUGCCGACGCCGUCCCAAGUCUCGCCCAGUGACACGAUCACGCCCAUGAAUCUCACCAUGGACAUAUCAGAGCUGGACGCGCUAUUAAGCGAUGACAAGGACAAGAAUUCGGCAGCGACUACGGCACGCAAGCGACUCUUUGACAUGGGCAGCGAGUCCGAGGGGCCCAUGGAGCUGCUACAGAGCGCCGUCAGCUCACCCAAAGCCAUGCCGUUGCGCAGCCGGAAUGCCAAUACGAGCCCCAAAGCGAAGGUCAACAAGAAGACCGUGCAGCGCAGCCAUUCCAAGCCGCCGGCCUCGAAGAGCAGUUUCAGUCCAGUGCUGUUGGUCAGAUCGCCGCCGGCUCGCAGAGUGGCCAACAAGACGUCGACGCCAGCAUCGCCGGCAGCCAAAGGCAAUCCCCGGAACCAACAGCAGCAGCCGCAGCCGCAGCAGCAGCAGCAGCAGCAGCAGCUAACAGUAACCAAGAGCCGACGCAGCAGCUCGCCGAGCCGUUCGACUCGACUGGCAGCGUGCCAUCUGGAGGUGGACAGACGCCAUCAGGCUGCCACAAUUCUGAAUGCUGCGACGCGCGGCUUCCUGGUGCGCCGCCUCUUCCGCACGGAGCAGGUGCAACGCAUCGUGCAGACCAUACGGGACACGCUCAUCUUUGUGCUCAACCUGCACAUGGAGACGUGCGGCAAGAGUCUGGAUCAGGAGGAGCCGGCCAACAUACGUCUGAAGGCGCGCCUCCUCCAGCAGCUCUGCUCGGCCAGCCGUACCCUGCACCUGAUCUUCUUCCAGACGAGCAUCAAGGAGCGCAUGGAGAUUAUUGCACGCGAUCGAAAACGCAUUAAGACAAAGCUUUCGACCUCGCAAGCCAAGCAUCGAAACUAACCAACAUUACUCAGGGAAGGAGGGGGCGUUCCCUACUCCCAAUGACCACAUCCACAUUUGGGUGUUGUCAGCUCCUUCAAUCACUCUCUCUGUCUCUCUCUCACACACACACAACUUUUUCACUUGCAUACCACACGAAGACUACGUUGCC